AGUUGUAAUAUAGUCGCCAUUCGCCGAACACGAGCGAGGGAAAUUGAGUUGUUUAUAUGAGCAUGAAGAAAGCAACAAAGUGCUUUAAGUUAGGACGUGAUAUCGUUUUAUGUUAAAUGUAACUUUUAGGCAUUAGUACGUCUGAAGGAUGUUUCUUUUACUUAGUCAUUUUCAGUAACGUUAGCUGCUAGACGGUUGCCGCUUUCACGUGCGUUUUUUUUUCUGGUGAUGCAUAAUAAGCCAGCUAACGUUAGCCGCCUAGCCAAGCUAACUUAAAAACAAGUUUAGCCAGACUUAAAGAAAACGUCGCUCGUUAGUGCAAAGCUGAAAUUUAGCCAGAGGAAGCUGUUUAAGUUUCCAUUUUGGCCGUAACUAAAAGAGACGAGUGAAGGGUUUUGAAGCGGGAAUGUCAUCGCCGUUAGGUCGCAGGAGUCAUGAAGGGUCAGCGAACGCAUCAGACAGCGACUCCGAGGACGAGCCCACGCUCCCCCUUAAUCAGUUCUAUCCAUACAUCCGCUGUGCCCUUUGCUGUGGGUUCCUCAUAGAUGCCACCACCAUCACUGAGUGUCUGCACACAUUUUGCAAAAGCUGCAUCGUGAAGCACUUCUUCUACAGCAACAAGUGUCCCACAUGCAGCAUUGUUGUCCAUCAGACACAACCUCUUUACAACAUCAGAUCAAGAACUGGAAGUGUAAAGAUGGAGCACAGCAGUGCUGAGGGUUCUCCUUCCUCUCUUGCAGUGAUCGUCUCCCCUCCAUGUCCUGCUGUUAUAAAGAGGCAGAAGAAGGACAACAUUCCUCAGUCUGUGUUCACUGUUCCUCCAGAGCUGGAUGUGUCUCUGCUCCUGGAAUUUGUUGGGGCUGAAGAGGGCAUCUGCAACUACAAGGUAAAGUCUUUAAUAGUCCGGCAGGUAGAUGUGGUUUGUGGAGAUCACCUCCUAGAUCACUACCAGUCACUCAAAGAAGUACAGAACUUUGUGGGCGAAGAUGCACUACAGGACGGUUUGUUGGUGCUACACUUUGGCUUGGUGCUGCCCUCCCAGUCUUAAAUAUGAGGCGUGGAUUUAGCCAUGAUCUGAACUGCUGAACUGACUGUCUUUAUUUCUCUUUAUAAGACUCGUGUCUUCAUAAAGGUCUUGGAUAUUAGACUCUAAUGAAUUGUUGCUAGCUGAUUACAAAACAUAUAAAAUUCAAACCUGAACAUAGCCACAUUUGGCACCUGGCAAACUUUAAUGUAUUACUACUUUAUUGAGCAGACUGGAAAAUGAACUGUUUUGAUUGAAUUUUUAACAAACAAGAUGAUUAUCUUUAGUUCAUAGUUACCACAAAUCUGCUGGACACAGAUGACAUCCAUCUGAACUACUUGGUUCCCACGUGUAUAACAUGAAUUUGACCUGAUAAAUGAAGAUGACACAUUUCUGUUCCUGCUGGGCUGUUGUUUGAAGAUUUGUUUAAAACUGUUUGCUACUGUUUCUGUAGCGGAAACUGGACUGAACCACUGUGACUGGAUCUGAAACUCUUAAAGCUGCUAUAGCAAUAUAGGCAGCAUCUGUCUAGUUUACCCAACUUUUUGCAACCCAGGGAUUGUCUUUAAUGAUUUAUGUUGACUACAAAGCUGUGAUUUAAAGGGCUGCAAGAAAAGGACUGCCACUACCAAAGAUUUAUGUAUGUUAACGCUUGCUUCUUAGAGCUUGAUAGUUUUUUUUAAGAGCUGUUGACUUCCUUCUGCUGUUAAUAGAAAAAACUGAUCAGCUCAAAAAUACUUUGAGUACAAAAGCAGUUAUUUAAAGGGAGUUUGUAUAAAGUCUUUGAUAUGGUUUGGUAAAAAAAAUGUUUGUACUUGCUUUUUUCAGGUUGAAUUAAUAAAAGCACAACUGAGAAAUA